UCAAAUUUUCCAAACGAAGUUCAUAUUAGCAGCGUGCAUAGCGAUGUUAAAAUGCUGAUCAAUUCCCAUUACGUUGGUAUGGGGCAUGCCAUUCCCCACCCGGCGUCGCCAGUCGGCAUCAUCAGGGGUUUUGGGCAAUUAAGUCAAGCUCAUCUCGGCAAAUCCAGAGGCAGGAGGAAUGCAGGUGUCCAGGUUGCAGGGUCCGGCGUUACAGAGCCAACCGGGGAGUGUAUUAGCGCCCACAUUGAGAGCGGCAUGACGAAGACAACGGCCAUACAACUGAGGAACGGAGAAACGGAGCACAAGCUUUCCCUUUCUUCUAGAGAUGCCUGAAAGCUUGGGUCUAUAUUAGUUGGUAGUCCCAGCUAAGCCCACAUUAAAGAACAAGCUUGAUCCAUAUGCCCCUUUCAGGUCUGGACUAAGCCUAGACCUUGGCC